GGACAUAGUAGCUACGUCAUUAAUUCAAUGUCUGUUGGUUUGGCCCUUGCUUCUUUGAAUCACGCGCUGUACCUGUCAACUCAACUGAAGCGUCAUUAUAAUCGGCUACUUUGUGAAAAAGUUUCACUAGUAGCUAGCUAUGUUUCAUAAAAACUCAACAACUAUCAACUAAUUUAUACUGUCAGAUACAUUUCAAAAGUGCUGAUAAAAUAUAUGGCCCAACAUUUUUUAUUUUGUCUGUCUGAUUUUACUGGACAAAAUGAAUUGGGUCGGUGGUUCAAGGAACCGGUUUAUGAUGAGAAAUGACAUGAAAAAGCAGAGGGAAUUCUUUGAAAAGAAGAAAAUGCAGAGAAAGAUGAAAACCUUACGAAUGCCAACCUCUCCUAAAGGAGCCAGCUCUGGAAGUAUGGACCUGGUGACUUUAUUCAUAGUAAACCAGAUUGCUGCAAAGAAAGAAAACAAUAAUCAGCCAAAGAUAACUCACAUCACUGAUGAUAAAGGAGGACCCAAGUCGAUGAGGGAGGGGCCCCUGGAGUUACCCAUGAGCCCUUGCUCCCCGUCACGGCUUUCCCUUGUGGAGAGCCAGCCUUUGUACAGUGUCCAGGCAGUUAGAAAGAGAAAGCACUGCAUUCCUAAUGGAUUCACGUGUAGACAGCUCUCACCAGUGCUGGAGUCGAACAUGUCAGACACCUGUACGUCAGACUACCAGCAACACAUCCAGGACACCCUGAGCCCAUUCUCCUCAGCAUCGUCGUCAGUCUCCUCCUCAGGGGCAGGCCUGUUCUCCCUCCAGCAGAGAGCACAGGUCCUGCCACAGCCACAUUGCUCCCCUAGACCCCCCUGGGAUACCUCCACCUCAGAGCAACCACAGUUUAGACCUUUCUCUCAGCCAGGAGGGAGGAGAGAGUGUGCCCCGUGGGCCACAGGACCAAGUGGACCCAAACAGCAGCAGAACAUGACCCCCCCAGUGUCUAGGGUACUGUUUGGAGGCACAGAGCCUGAUAGCACAGAGACCAGAGACCAUGCCAUGCACACAGUGGGGUUCUCUAUCAACCAAUCGGAGGGCAAAGACCACACCUUUGAGUUCUCUCUCAAAGAUCAGACAAUGGAGUUUUCUCUCAACCAAUUAGAGAGUGAAGAGCAACAUGAAGAAGCACUCUUCAGGGCCUGCAGUAAUGAAGAAAAUGGAAGUGAAGCAUCUAAUUUUAAGAAGGGGAUGCCUAAGAUAUAUCUCAAGGAGGAAGUACCGACAACGUCUUCCAGAGAUGUGAAGGAAUCACUGAUCCGAGGCCCUGAACCUGAUUUCCUGACUCAGGUUUCCAACUGCACUGAUGUCAGCUCAUCUUGUCCUGGAAACACUCAUCAUGGUCCUAAGGAAUGCUGUGAAUCAUCGCCCAGUUACUCUCCAAGAGGAGGUUACUUCAGUUCAGACUCUGAUGAUGACGAGAUUGAGGAUUAUCACCAGUGUCACCAGGGUGGAUCCUCACAGUCACACACAGUGAGGUCUUGUAGUGAAGAGAUCCCUGUCCUCAGCCAGGCCUCAUCACAUUGGAACACACAACAACGAGGUCACCCUCAGUCUCAACCCAGACCUUACACCCCACCCUCUAGGCCUCAAUGCACAGGGAACUGUGGAAACGACCAGAGAGAUCAUAAAGACCAGAGAGCUGUGGAGAGCUCAGGCUACUCUGAGAGACGGUCAGGCUGUGUAGUUACAGAUGACAGUGACAGCCAGGUUAGGGUUAUAGGCGAUCAGUAUGUCCCAUCUCGUCCUCUGUCUGAAUCACAGAGCUCUGAGGUCCAACAACAAAAGAUGGCAGCCACCAGAACACGAGAAACACAAACGCGAGAAAUGGGGACACAGACUGUCGGCAACAUCACCUCGAAAUGUCCAACGUCAGACGUUUCAACUCAGUGCAGUUUUGGACUGGAGUGUAAAGAAAACAACCUCAUGGACUCUGAAUCCCACAACAAUUCUGCUUACAGUGUAAUACCGACCCCAGCCACCAGAGGGCAGGCAAGUCAGAGAAAUGAGUCUUUAAGACAACAGACACACAGUGCAUUAUCAGACAGAUCCAGGAGGGAGAGAGAAGAGCACACGCCCCGGAGAAAAUCAACAGCCAGAGAGCUCAAGGCUGGACCUGGGCACCAUCCAUCAAUCAUCCCUUUAAACAAGUGUUGUAACACUAACACUGAGAGUAGAGUGUAUAUUCAGAGACCCACUACCUCUAUACUAGACGCUCUCCUCGUCACCAAUGAUGUGCAAGACUUGAGAGGUGAGCAACUGCAGCAUAGAGGACAGGGAGAUGAAAGAGAGGUACAGGACCCUGUUGAGAAUGUUCCUCUUAGAGAAGACCUUCCAGAUGAGAGAGAGAGAGGAGAAAGGAGAGCAGAGGAGAGGGAGAGCAGAGGAGAGGAGAGGGAGGAGGUCACUGUUGAGAGCAGAGUUAACAGGCUUUCAGAGGAGGUUGAGACACUUCAGGAAAUAGCAGACAUUCUGCUCAUGCUGAAGCAGAGGAAAAAAUAUGAGUGAAAAGUGAAGGAGGAGAGGAGAGAGGUAGGGAGGACAGGAGAGGAGGAGAGGAAAAAUCCAGAAGUAUCCCUUUAAGAGUUGUGAAUGACACUAGCAACUACAUCCCUUUACCACAGAAUCUGUUUUCUGCAUAUUCAAACAUUUAUAACAAUGCCCUUGGGAUUCUACAUUAAAACGAAAGCCAGACAUUGCAAGAUAAUUAGUUUAUUUAUUUUUUCCCCAUACAUAUUCAAGUGUUCAAGAUUCCCAUGAAUAUAUUUACUUUGUUAGAAUAUAAAUUCUAGCAAAACAUUUACAGCAACAAUAAUCAAAUGUAUACUAUACAGCACUAGAUAAAUCAUUUUUAAAAUCUUCACUAGUUCUUCUUCAUAAACUUUAGAAUAGAAACACUGCAUUUAAUUUGUUUUCACAUAGAAAAAAUUGCACCCGUUCACCAUAAACACAUUGGAUGUCCCCAUUUAGGAUUUAAAGCAAAGAAGGCAAUAUAAUAAUAACACAAUGGGUAGUCAAGGGGUUGUUGAGCGUCUUUCCUUAAAAUUAAAGUGCAUUCUAAAAUCACAACACAUCAAAUAUUUGUUUGACACUAUCUCAUUUACAAGUCUGUUACAUGACGGCAAUGUUGUCACCUCUGUGAAGGGGAUUUGCAAUAAAGCAUUGUUUCUCUAUAAAACUAUCUGUGAUCAUAAAAACAAAGAUUUCUUCUGUCUUCCAGUGAACCUCCAGUUUAGUCUACCUAUAGUAUCCUCUCUUUUCUAAUCACAUUUCUAAUGAAAUACUCAAAUAUUGAUAAUAAAUACUCAAUAAUCGAAUAUUGAUACUGAUGUUCCAAUGAACUGGCAAAACACAUCUAGUGAACCUUUGAAAAGCUGUCAUUUCAUUUCAGUCUAAAUAAAAUCCUAUUUGAAUUCACAAUAGUAGCUAUCUAUCUUGUUUUGUCACAGACAAUAAUACACAAGACAUAUUCUCAGCGACGUUAUAUUGACCACUUUCAACGAGAGUCUGCUACACACAAAUCUAUGUGUACUCAAGUACUCAACUAAAAAGGUGUCACCUUACAUAGUUUUACGAUAUACAAAACGACAUUAGCAAGUACAAUACAGUCCUCCUCAAACCUUUAGAACACGAGAACCCCAGCUCUUUCACGUGAAGAGUAUGCAUUGCGAUUUGUACAUAAGGCUGUGGAGGAAGACACAACGUAGAGACAAAAUAAGACAUUCUUUCUGACAUUGUUUUCCCAAAGAGCAACUAUGUGUGACAUUAACCGACUAAACUGUCCAUUUCAAUGUAUGGGUAUUCUCUCUGAUGGACUGAGGUACAAUACAACCCAAUGAAUAGUCUAGUCUACAUUUAGCAAUAAAAACAUUUGUGCAACUUCUGAAAUCAAAAAAGGCAAUCAUCACGCUGGCUGGCCAUAUAGUCAACUCCUUCAUACAUUUGAUUUCAGUACAGGCACCGACAUCAUGGGUAAAUUACAUUGGAAUAAAUAACAUAAUAAUCCAUAGGUUUACUAGUGAGAAAACAGACAGGUCAUGUGCUACUGUAGCUCAUCAACAACCAACAUGAUUAAACAAACAGCAAAGCAAAACUGAACUUCAUCAUUAGAUGGAAACCAGAUUGCCUCCCAAAUGGCAUGCUAUUCCCUUUAUAGUGCACUACCUUUGACCAAGGCCCAUGGGGCUCUGGUUAAAAGUAAUGCACUAUAUAUGGAAUAGGGUGUACUACUAGUGUCUGAAAACCCAUUUGUGAUGCUACAGACAAGCUGAGACAAUAUUUUACUGAGAUGUGUUUCAUAUAGAAAGGCAUACUGGUAUCAACACUGUAUAUAUUACAACCCAUCUCUCUAAAUUUAACACUUGUAAUAUCAUGGCCAUUUUGGUGGACGUUUGGGCUCCUACCAGCUCAGCUGGUAGAGCACGGCGCUUGAAACGCCAAGGUAGUGGGUUCAAUCCCCGGGACCACCCAUACACAAAAA